AUGGCUUGUUGGGCACUGCAAAUCACAGGCCUAAUACUUGGAGGCAUUGGCAUGAUUGGGACUUUUGCAAUCACUGCCAUGCCUCAGUGGAGAGUGUCUGCUUUCAUUGAAGGUAAUAUUGUGGUGUUUGAGAACAUUUGGGAAGGACUAUGGAUGAAUUGCAUCUAUCAAGUCAACAUCAAGAUGCAGUGUAAAUUCUAUGAUACCGUACUGGCACUCCCACCUAUUUUAGAAGUAUCCAGAGGACUGAUGUGUUUUGCUGUGAUGCUGUCCGUUAUUGCCUUUCUGACAGCCAUUAUUGGCAUGAAGUGCAUUGUGUGUGUUGGGGAUAACAAGCAAGUCAGGAGUAACAUUCUGCUGGCAGCUGGGAUCAUUUUUAUCCUAACUGGGAUUCUAAUUUUGAUACCUGUAUCUUGGACUGCCAGCAACAUCAUUGGAGACUUCUAUAAUCCAGCAGUUCAUGCAGGAUUGAAACGAGACCUGGGAGCUGCCCUCUACUUAGGUUGGGUGAGCUCAGCAUUUCUCAUGAUUGGAGGAGCAAUAUUUUGUAGCUUUUAUAGCUGUGCUGACAAACCCAGAACAUGGAGGUAUUCAUCACAUUCCUGCCAUAGACCGCACAAGUUCGAGGAUGUGGAAAUGAAAUCCACAACCAAGCAUGCUUAUGUCUAG